AAAAAACAAACACAUCUUCUUCCAAGGACACAACAAGAUAAAAAUUCUCUCUCAUCUAUAUCUUCACUCUCUCUCUCAUCGCGAAAGAAUCGAAAGCCUCUUUCUCUCUCUAGGGUUUGUGCGUGUUUCGCGCUUAAAUUAUGCCGGCGUUGUAGCGAAUCACUACUCCGAGCUAAGCUAGAUUCGUUCUCCGUCGAAAGGUCUAUCAAACGGUGUCGUUUCUAUUCAAAGCCGUUGAGAAUCGGUUAAGCUUCUGGUAGAGAUCGUGUACGGUGAUCCGCAGAUUUGGAUGAACCCUAAUUAUUUUUUUCGCCCCCUUCAAAGCUUGAUUAAAGAUGUUAUCAUACGAUAGUAGUGUUUUUCUUACAUUGGUAUAUAUUUGCAACUUUUUUUUUUUUUUAUUAAUGAUAAUAGUUGACUUAAGUGUUACACAUUUUGACCAAUUGUUUCCAUUUUGACUUUAAUAUACGUGUGAAUAGGAAACACUGUUGGUGCUUGUAGCUGCGGUUACUUGUAUUUUGCUGAUGUAAAUGCACAGUAGUGGAGGAUUAUUUGCAAGGUGAUUCUAAUAUUGUCACACUGAGUUCAUGGGAUCUUCUUUUAUCCAGAUUGACUCUAUCUCUAUUGAUCUUGCCAAUCCUAUUGAUAAGAGGGAUGCAGGCAAAUGUGAACAUUUCUCAAUACGUGAAUAUGUCUCAGAAGUUCGAAAAAAAGACUGGAAACUUUGUUGGCCAUUUCCAGUAGAUGAGUCUGACAAGCAACCGUCACUUCCACCGUUAGAUGUGCCAAAACACAUAUGUUGCCGAUAUCCAAACUCUCAACAAGAAAAUGCUGCAAAAGACAUUCCUAAAGAUAAUCAAAUAGACGUUACUUGUCAUAGUACUGGAGGCAGAUCUGAUACUAAAUGUAGUAAUGCAGCGCUCAAACCUUGUAUUCGGAAAGAUCCAAUAUCUGACAUUAUCGUGAGAAGAGACAUUGAUCUCAAUACUAACUUGAGCAGUGUUGAUGGUUGCUUACCAGUUAGUAUUGAGAAAGAAAACAAAGUUGGAGUUGGACUCAGCAGCAGACUUGACCUUGAGAACGGAUUGGAGGAUAAUCUCAAUCACCAAGUAACUAGUGUUCUAUCACCAAAAAUUUAUCCAGACAUUGCACAAGAAGUGAGCACAACUAAAAGAGGCAGUGAAAGUAAUGGAGUUUCUUAUGUUCAGCUUGCUAACAAUCUUAAAUGCACGGAUAAAAAUUCUGCUGAGAUUUGUAAUGGGGGAACACCUUCUGCAGAUAACCAAUGCACGAAAGAUUUAGCAACAACAGCCAUGGAGGCAGAUAAUAAAUAUGAUCACACAUCUGGACCACCUACUGAAUCAUUUGAUUUUACAGACAACAUGGUUGAAGAUGAUUUUGAUGAUAAUCAUUCAGAAAAGUCCACUAGUUUGUCUCGUAGGAGACCUCGGAAGGUGCGUUUGAUGACUGACUUGUUGCGUGAAAAUGGUGAAUUGAAGGCUGGAAAAAUUGCUGUACAAGAAUCCACAUCCCAUGGUACUUCCAAUACUUCUGCAGCUUCACAGGCACGCUCAAUUUUCCCAGGAAAUAUUCAAGGAGAUCUGACUUUAACAAAUAUGGGUCUGAGUAGAAAAAGGAAAAUUAUCCCGGAUGAAGUACGGAGUACAGCAAGUAUGCGUUUUCAGAGGGCUGGAGUUGAAGCUCAAAACUUAGAGGGGAUUGCAAAAACAACUGACACAGUUUUCAAUAAGAGAUCCAAUUCCAAAGAUGUACUAGCAGGGACUGGUUUACAAGUUGCUGAGAAAGGCAUCUGGAGUAAAUCUGAACCUGAAAGAAGCCAUAUUGUGGGUAAGAAGAAGAACAAAAAGAAUCAAGUUGUAGACAAUUACUUGAUUCCUGAGCAACAAGGACAAAGAAGACAAAAUGAGGACACUAUGUAUACUACAGAUAAGGCAUAUGCAUCUAAAACUGUUUCUUCUAGUUUAACUCCUGUGUUCACAAGGAAAGGGAUGGAUAAUUUUCCUUUCUACACCCCAAGAAUAGAAAAUGAGUUCAAUUCAUACAAAGAAAAGGGGAAAAUGCUGCAAAACGAUGAAGAACUCAAUUCGUUUUCUUGCCACAGAAAUGACUUGCUUGUCAGAGAUUCAUUUGCAUAUUCCGGGGUAAAAAUCAGAUCUAGUGUUCAUGCAGAUGUUCCAAUUCCUUCGGACCAAGGAAUGAUGAAUGGAAAAGGACUGGAGGAGGGUUUGCAUCUUUCUUUGAACAGUUAUAUGUCAGAUCAUGGUUACAACAAGAAAUGUAUCCAUCAAAUAGAAAACCGCCUUCCCUUCUCAUUGCCUUUUCAAGAGAGCACUUCAAGAGUACCUCUGUUUAAUAGAAAAGACAGUGAAACCAAUGUUUUUGGAGGACCAAGCAUUCCUUCCAGGCACACAACAAAUACCAUUUCUGGAAAAGAAGUUCACUGUAAAGAAAUUACUGGUGCAAGAAACACAGGAAAAACUGUUGAAGCUGUGGAACAACUAGGUAUUAAGAAAAGAUACAAUGAACGAGCUUCUGAGGUGUCUGAGCAGGGAACACUAGAUGACAUACCCAUGGAAAUUGUGGAACUCAUGGCAAAGAAUCAGUAUGAGAGGUGUCUCCCUGACGUAGAAAAUAGAUGCUCAAUGUUUGAAAAAUCCUCUAUCAGUAGGAACACACAGAUGACAGCUGGUACUGCUGUUUAUGGCAAAGGGAAGAUGAGCUUGUUAAAAGAAGGGCAGAAGGAGAAAUCAAGAGGAAGACCUAGGAAAAAUAACACAGUCACAAGAGGAGAGAAUGUGAAGCCUAACAAAAGAAAGCCAAAUCAUUACUUUUCUCCAUUUGAUGGAAGUAGUUUGGGAGUGAAUAAUCCAUACCCACCACAACCCUCAUUCGGAUUUGAAGUUCCUCAAUCCCAAAAGCAGCAGUCAAAUGGAUUCCAGUUUUCACCUAUGAUUGCUAACCAGCUUGGUGGUGCACGAAAUAUCAAGUUUAAUGGGAGUCUCGAAGAGCGUGUGUCCUCUAAUGCUAGUUUGCAACCCCUGGGAGGAUGUAGCUUACACAAGAAUAUAUUACAGCAGGAUAAUGAAGCUUCUCGCAUUUGGGCAUCCUUGCCCCCGAAUCACUCUUCCUUAGGGUAUGAUGUAUCACAAAAGAUUGUUUCUCAGCCUAGUAGUAGCAACAUGAACAUAUCUUCACCCCGAUCUGGUGCAGCUCAUAAGCAGAACAUGAGGAGGGACUUUGAUCUUAACUACACAAAUAUCAAUGCCACAGGCCAAGAAAAGCAUAGUAGGAUCACGGGUCCUGGAGUCUUCAACAGGGUGAAUGGAGAAUACCCAUUUCCAUGCAAACAUAAUGGAAUGGAGCCUCAUCAAAAUUUGAGGGGAUCUUUGGAUUUGUAUUCUAAUGAGACAAUACCUGCCAUGCAUUUACUUAGCCUUAUGGAUGCAGGCAUGCAGUCCCGUACACCCUUCAAUGUCGGUGGUAGUGCUCAAAUGCUCAAAAGACCUUCUUAUCCCAGUGAUUGCAAUACCAAGUUGGAGAUAGGUGCAUCUAAGACCAAUGGUACCCUGAAAAGGCAGCCAUCUGACUAUUACAACAGAAGUUACUUACCGGAUAAAUCACAUGGCUGUUUUAUUGGCUCUCAAACCUUUGAUGCGUCUUCAUCAGCCCAGCACAGUAAUAAGUUUAAGAAAGAUGCUGGUUCCAAUGGUCAAAAUUCAACAAAGUUUGGACAGAAAGAAAAUAUGAAGAGCUCCAAUUCAUCCCUUCAGAAUAGAUUUGUUAAGCAAUGUAGCUUAUCAAAUAGUGAAACAGACACUUCACUGCAACGCAGAUUGGAAGUUCAUGGUAUUCAUACCUCUAUGCCGCCAGUAAAGAUCACAUCUGGCAUCUCAUGUACGGUAAACAGAAAUCCUGCUGAGUUCACCGUUCCGGAAACAGGAAAUGUCUAUAUGAUCAGAGGAGAGGAUCUGAAAUUUGAGAAGAGUUGUCCCAAAAACAAGCAUCGUUUCCCUAUUCCUUGUGCACAAAAGCAGCAGAGCAAUUUGAAGGGAAUGAAAAUGAAAGAACAUUCAAAACAUUGAAAUUCUCCAGUAUUCUGUGAUUUGCAGGUCGAGUCCUUCAUGCAACCAAUAGCAAAUGACUUUCAUCUCAGUGUAGAAGGUGAUCUAUGACUUGCAAUCUCAAAUCGAUUAACUCGGGAAGGAGUAAGCAAGAUGCCACGCCACAUCGACAGCUGAAUAGAAGAGAAUCAUACAUCUAUUAUGCAAUUAACAUGUUGUAAAUUAGUAAACAAUACGUGCUUCAGAUAUUCUGUUGGUGUCGUAUAAUCUAUGAGGAGCCUACCUAUAGCCCCUUAAGUAUUAAAGUAUCAGUAUGAUGUCAUAAAGUUUAUGGGGAAAACUCAAAAUUGCCCCGUGUAGACAUAAUAUACUAUGGUUACAAUUCAUACAAGUGCUAAACCAUGGUAAAAGAUACAUUUUGCUGCUGAGAUGUGUUAGUUUUUGGUAUAAAACUUGAAGGAAAACACUGUCUGUUUGUGACAAAAAAAAUCACGAAAGUAUGUGAAAGGGUGCGGGAGUUUGCAA